CAACAUCAUGUGACUGAACGCGGAAGUGCCGAAACUUGUGACUUGUGAUUCGAAGUGGGACCAUCAGUGAGGCUGCGGCACAGGUGUAACAUGAAGGGGAUCAGCUUGGUUGUGUCCGCAGUGCUUCUGCUGGGUGUGUGCGGGGACCCGCUGCCGCUAGUCAUAUGGCAUGGAAUGGGUGACUCCUGCUGUAAUCCCCUCAGUAUGGGGGGCAUUAAGAAAAUGGUGGAGCAGCAAAUUCCUGGAAUUUAUGUGCUGUCUCUGAAGAUUGGGAAAACGGUCAUUGAGGACAUGGAGAACAGCUUUUUCCUCAAUGUGAAUAAACAAGUGGAUCUGGUUUGUGAGCAGCUAGCAAAGGAUCCCAAUCUGCAGCAGGGCUACAAUGGCAUGGGCUUCUCCCAGGGUGGACAGUUCCUGAGAGCUGUGGCACAGAAAUGUCCCUCACCACCCAUGAAGAAUCUCAUCUCAAUUGGAGGGCAACACCAAGGUGUAUAUGGCUUCCCUCGGUGUCCUGGAGAAAGCCUGAUGAUUUGUGACUGGAUUAGAAAGACUUUGAAUGCUGAAGCUUAUACUAAAGCUGUGCAGGAACGCUUGGUGCAGGCAGAGUACUGGCAUGACCCACUCAAUGAAGAACAAUACAGAAAUGGCAGCAUUUUCCUGGCAGACCUCAACCAGGAGCUGGAUGUAAAUGAGACAUAUAAGCGCAAUCUUCAAGCUCUGGAUAAAUUUGUUAUGGUAAAAUUCCUGAAAGACUCAAUGGUGGAUCCAGCUGAAUCGGAGUGGUUUGGUUUCUACCAAACUGGACAAAGUAAAGAGACCAUCCCACUACAAGAGAGCUCCCUGUAUAUAGAGGAUCGUUUGGGUUUGAAAGAAAUGGACAAGUCUGGAAAGUUGGUGUUCUUGGCUGCAGAUGGUGACCAUCUGCAAUUUUCAGAGCAGUGGUUCAUUGAGCACAUACUACCCUUCCUCCACUAACAAUCCUAUCUGGGGCUAGUUUAUAUGUGGAACCCCCACCCCCAUCCCCCCUGAAUUGCACUGAUACAUGCUAUGGCUUCAACUGCUAGAAACAGUGACUGACCUAACAGCUGAAAACAAUAUACUAUUUGUACUGUACGCUGCAUACCUGAACAGAUUCUCCAUGUCAUUCUUUCAACCUGUGUUCAUGUGUGGAAAUACUCAUUAAUUGACUAUCUAAAAUGGCCAUGUGAAUUAUAGUCUGGAACCCAAUAGUAAGAGAAAGAAAUUAAAGUGACUUGUUUUCAUAAAA